AUGCCGUCUCACGAUCAUCAUCACCAUGAUGACUACGAUCACGGCCAUGGCCAUGGUGCCGGUCACGAACACGAUCAUUCCCAUGACCUCGAACCAGCGCUGCAAUCAAACCUCUACAAGCAAAUCAACUUCGAAGGCAUCAUUACCCUCAACGAGGCUGAACCGCGUUCAGGAGCCGCAAUCGUGCAAAAGACUUGGGAUGAGCGUCUGAAUGAGCAGCCGACUCUCGAAAGCGAUGCAGACGAGCAGCUGCUGAUGCAUGUGCCCUUUGCCGGAUCGUGCAAGCUCUACUCCAUCCUUGUCCGCACAUCAGAUUCCGACUCGGCGCCGCAGACGCUCAAACUCUUCCGUAAUAGAGAUGAUAUGGAUUUCAACCUCGCAUCAGACCUGAAGCCCACUCAGAAGCUGACCCUCCCUAAAAGCAACGACGUGACCGAGAUCCCCUUGAACCGGGCUCUUUGGAACGGCACCACGUCGAUCAACCUCUUCUUUGAGGACAACCAUUCGGGCGGGGAGGAGGAUGUGACUCGGGUUAGCUACCUAGGGUUCAAGGGAGAUUUUAUGGCACUUAACCGCGAACCAGUUUACGUGCUUUACGAGGCGGCGGCAAAUCCUCGAGAUCAUAAGUUGAUUCAGGGGUUGACCAACACCAACCAGUCCAUGCCGGGCCAGUGA